GAGACGCCAUUUUGGGAGGAAAGUUUGGGAAUUUGUAGACCUGGGGAGGUGCAGGAGGAGAAGGAGGAGGAGGAGAAGAAGAAGGAGGAAGAAGAAGAAAAAAAGAGGAAGGAGAAGAGAAAGAGACGAGGAGGAGGAGGGAUUUACUCUCUGAGAAGUUUGACACGAAUGCACCGCGCAGGCUGAGUGCAGGGGAAUAACAUUCACACAGAAAGUGUGCGGACCAGUGCGGGAUAAGUCAGAGUGGGUUUGAGUUGAGGUGAUCCGGAUCCUGGACUUUGGACUGUUUUAUAUCAUUUCUGUAAAACCCACCCGAGCUGAUCAUCAGCCUCCACCACAGCAGCAGCAGCAGCUCAUGCAUGCACCGCCUGUUUUUUUGCACGGAGUUUGGUCCCAGUUGGUGAAAGCCUGAUUCAUACUUUUUUUUUUUUUUUUUGGAACAACCAGCCGUGUGUCGCCACCGCGGUCAAGUUGCGCGGUGCACGCCGGGGCAGGGAGCCUCUGUGACGGGGAACUACAGCACGGAGAGUCGGUGGAGGGGAACAGACACGGGAGCUCGUCGCCCGGCUCCUGCUCGGCUCUGUGAUCUUACUUUGAACCGGGACUCCUGCCCGUGUUUUCUGCUGGUUUCCCCCGGAGACCUGGCGGUGUUAUUUUCGUUGGACGUGUCAGUUUUCCCCUGACAGGGAGUUUGUUUGUCGGAGGGGAACUUGGUGUCGUCGUGGAGGGAUUUUCUCCGACUUGGAGCGGUGACAGCGGGGGUUUAACUGCCGGAAUAAUCGAUCAAAAACAGCCUGUGUGUGGUGGUGCUGCUGGAGGAGGAGGGAGUGUAUGUGGCUAACACGGACCUAGCUCCAUUACCGAGCCGAGCCGAGCCAUGCCAGUCAGAAAGAAAGACGCACAGCGAGCUCUGCUGCUGCUGGAGGAGUACCGGGCCAAGCUGAACCACGCCGAGGACCGGCAGCUCCGACACUCCAUCCAGAGGGUCAUCGACAUCUUCCAGAGCAACCUCUUCCAGGCUCUCAUAGAUAUCCAGGAAUUUUACGAAGUGACCUUAUUGGACAGUCAGAGAUGGGCAGAGUCUUCCAAGGGGGCGGACCCCAUGGCGCCUGUCAACCUGUGGGACUUCUCCAGCCUUCAAAGCACAACGGUGACCUCGGACACUCUGCCCAGCCUUAGCACCAGCAUCGAGAAGUACAGGCACCACGAUGAGGACUCGUCUCCCCAGGACCAGAGCUCCCCCCAGCUGACGGAGGAGGCGGGGGGGCCGGAGCUGGUCCAGGUAGCAGAGAAGAACCUGUCCCAGAUCGAGAAUGUGCACGGAUACGUCACCCACGCUCACAUCUCACCUAUGAAGGUAGCAUCUCUGGAGUGCAUCUUUGACGGUUCCUCUGUGUUAGGACAGCAUCACCCGGAGCUCCCCUCCCCUACGCCCUCCACCCUCUACCCCCAUGGAGAGGACAGCCCCCUCCCCUCCUGCUCCUCCAACCCCUACCCCCCGAUACAGCAGGCCGAGGCCGCCCCGCCUUCCUCUCCCAUAAUCCCUGUGAUCCCAAUCUCGCCAAUCCCAGCCGAGACCACCGCCAUCCCUCCGACGUCAUCACAGGCCAAUCCUCCGCCCGUGGUGGUCAACACAGACAGCUUGGACACGCCUCCAUACGUGAACGGGACGGAGGCUGAUUAUGAGUACGAGGAGAUCACGCUGGAGAGGGGAAACUCGGGGCUCGGCUUCAGCAUCGCCGGCGGCACAGAUAACCCCCACAUCGGUGAAGACCCCAGCAUCUUCAUCACCAAAGUCAUACCUGGAGGAGCGGCCGCUCAGGACGGACGGCUCAGGGUUAACGACGUCAUCCUGAGAGUUAACGAGGUGGACGUUCGAGACGUGACCCACAGCCGGGCCGUAGAGGCCCUGAAGGAGGCCGGCUCUCUGGUCCGACUCUACGUCCGCCGGAGGAAACCCGUCUCAGAGAAAAUGAUGGAGAUCAAACUGGUGAAAGGACCCAAAGGUCUCGGCUUCAGUAUAGCAGGUGGAGUCGGGAACCAGCACAUCCCGGGCGACAACAGCAUCUAUGUCACCAAGAUCAUUGAAGGGGGGGCUGCACAUAAAGACGGGAGGCUGCAGAUCGGAGACAAACUGCUGGCUGUGAACAGUGCUUGCCUGGAGGAGGUGAGCCACGAACACGCCGUCACUGCCUUGAAAAACACUCCUGACGUGGUCUACUUGAAAGUGGCUAAACCCAACAGUGUCUUCAUGAACGACAGCUUCGCCCCGCCCGACCUCACCAACUCGUACUCCCAGCACAUGGAGAACCAUAUCAGCCCCCCCAGCUUCCUCGGUCAGCCUCUGCCCCCGCCGGCCUCCUCGGGACGCUACUCCCCGACCCCGAAGAGCAUGCUGGGAGACAACGAUGUCACCCGGGAGCCCAGGAAGGUGGUGCUGCACAGAGGAGCAACAGGACUGGGCUUCAACAUCGUGGGCGGGGAGGACGGAGAGGGCAUCUUCAUCUCCUUCAUCCUGGCUGGAGGACCAGCCGACCUCUGUGGAGAGCUGAGGAAAGGAGACAGACUCGUCUCUGUGAACGGUGUCGACCUCCGCAACGCGACGCACGAACAGGCCGCCGCCGCCCUGAAGAACGCCGGGCAGACAGUCACCAUCAUCGCCCACUACAGACCAGAGGAGUACAGUCGGUUCGAGGCGAAGAUCCACGACCUGAGGGAGCAGAUGAUGAACAGCAGCAUCAGCUCUGGAUCUGGGUCUCUGCGCACGAGUCAGAAGAGGUCGCUGUACGUCAGAGCUCUGUUUGACUACGAUAAGACCAGAGACUCGGGUCUUCCCAGUCAGGGACUGAACUUUAAGUUUGGAGACAUCCUCCACGUGGUGAACGCCUCUGAUGACGAGUGGUGGCAGGCCCGACAGCUGACGGCUCAGGGGGAGGUGGAGGAGGUGGGAGUCAUCCCCAGCAAGAGACGGGUGGAGAAGAAGGAGAGAGCGAGAUUAAAGACGGUGAAGUUCAACGCCAAGUCUCGAGACCGAGGGCAGUCUCUCAAUGACAAGCGUAAAAAGAACCUCUUUUCCCGAAAGUUUCCGUUCUACAAGAGCAAAGAGGCGAGCGAACAGGAGACCAGCGAUGUCGACCAACAUGUGACGUCUAACGCCAGCGAUAGUGAGAGUAGCUACCGUGGACAGGAGGAGUAUGUUUUGUCGUAUGAACCCGUCAUUCAGCAGGAAGUGAACUACACCCGUCCCGUCAUCAUUCUCGGCCCCAUGAAGGAUCGGAUCAACGACGACCUGAUCUCCGAGUUCCCCGAUAAAUUCGGAUCCUGUGUCCCGCAUACGACCCGGCCGAAGCGGGACUACGAGGUGGACGGCAGAGAUUAUCACUUCGUGGUGUCCAGAGAGCAGAUGGAAAAAGACAUCCAGGACCACAAGUUCAUCGAGGCAGGACAGUACAACAACCACCUGUACGGUACCAGCGUCCAGUCGGUCCGAGAGGUGGCCGAGAAGGGUAAACACUGUAUCCUGGACGUGUCGGGGAACGCCAUCAAAAGACUCCAGCUGGCUCAGCUCCACCCCAUCGCCAUCUUCAUCAAACCCAAAUCUGUGGAGAACAUCAUGGAGAUGAACAAACGUCUGACAGAGGAGCAGGGAAGAAAAACCUUCGACAGAGCCACCAAGCUGGAGCAGGAGUUCACCGAACAUUUCACAGCCAUCGUGCAGGGCGACACUCUGGAGGAGAUCUACGACCAGGUGAAGCAGAUCAUCGAGGAGCAGUCGGGUCCAUUCAUCUGGGUUCAGUCGAAGGAGAAGUUAUGAAGAUCACUGCUCCUCCUCCUCCUCCUCUUUAGAUUCAGUUUGUCUUAUUUUGAAAAGAAAAGUCGACAUGAAGACGGCAGCCUUCCCUCCUCACCCUCCUCACCACUCUCCCGAUCUCCGACACGACGCGGCGGCUGUAUUUUUUUCCUGAAUCAGACUCCACAGUGGGUUUAACGACCAGCAGAGUAAAGCACACAGGAAGUAUGAUGGCAUCACACUUGGCACGGUACGGCUCCUUAAUGUUUAAGGGAGGAAAACUUCAGAGGAGGAGAAGACGAGUCCAUGAAAGUGACGAGAAGAAACGUACGAAGCAGAUUUAAUCCUUUUUUUUUUUGGUUUUUGUUUUUUUUGUUCGUGGGUUUUUCCCCCUUUUUUUGUCUUGUCAGGCGGAUGGACAGAGUUUCAGUCUCAGGCAGCGUCCGGAGGAAGAUGGAGACACAAAAAGCAAAACUUUGCACGUUUGAGCUUUAACAGCAUGUUAGUUAAUCCCCCCGUUUAUUUCCCAUCAGCCCCUUCACCUCAGCGUCUGACAUCACAGCCUCUCUUCUCUGUUCUGCAUCAUUUCAUCUUUCUCUUUUUUCUUUUUUACACUUGAGUCGAUUGAUGUUUAGUUUUAUUUGAAUUUUUUUGCUCCUCGCUGCUGCUGGAUGUUUUCCAGGAUGCUCUGCAGGGUUCACGCUCCACCACCAGAGGGCACUGCGCAUUUUUUUCACAAGGAAACUGAUUUUAAAGAAUUAACAAAGUAAAAUCAGUUUAUUAAGAUUAAUUCAUUUUGAAAAUCACUCCCUGAUCUCUUUUCUACUACAAAGAAAAAAAAUACAGAAAAUACAGAAUAUGAUAAAAAUGAGAAAACACAAAAUUCUGAGGAAAAUAUAACUAAGAACAUUUCUUCUAUUAACAAGAAAAUUUAAAUUAUAGGGUUAAAGCUUAAAGACAAAACUUGGAAAAAAAUAAUUUAGAUAAUUUUCUCAUAAUUACCUUAAUCCGUAAUCUUAAAAUCACAAAAAAUGAAUCUCAGAAUUUCCAGAUCUUUAUUUCAUGAUUCAAAACUUUAUGGGAAAAUUAUCUCAGAACUGAACAACUGAAGUCAAAUUAUCUCAGAAUUACAGGAAUAAAAAAAGAUUUUUUUAGAGAGUGAAACUUUAAAAACUCAGACAGAGAUUUUUAACUUUUUCCCAAGAUAAUUUAUUUCUUAUUUUUUUCGGAGGAUUCAUUUGGAGUAGUUCCCUCUGUGACGUGAGCUCGAACCCAGCAGACGCCCCAGUCGACGUCCGUCAGCGUUGUCAGUGUCUUACCAUGGAAAUGAUGUCGAUCAUGUGAUUUGUGUGGGUGUACCUGGAGACGAGCUGCCACCUCCAGGUGACCGCAGGUGUGUCCAAAACAUGCAGACGAUUAUUGUACAAUGAGAUUUUGACAGAUAUUUAACCCUCGGUAAACUGCCUAUUUUGUUAUAAUAAAAGUCUAUAUUGAACUUUACUUAAGCACUACUACUACGGGAAUUAUUUUCUUUGCAUUGUUAAUCAUAUAUGAAUAGAAAAGUAUAAAGAUAUUUGAAUAUGAAUAUAUAUUUUUUCUUUUUCUUUGAUCACCACCUCCUCUGUCUUUUAAUUUUCUUUUUUAAGCAUAAUAAAAACUUAACAAGAAAACAUAAA